CUAUUGUUUGCUUUUCCUUCGAUUAUUCACAAAAGGUUCUGCUUUUUGAUGUUCUGUUCUGUUGCCCCACUUGAAGUUUGAAGCUUGAAAGAUUUUGAUUUCAACAUCAAAAUCUCGACUUUAUGCUUGAUUCUUUCCUUUUGUGAAGAAUCUUUAUCUGGAUAUGGAGUUGUUUGACUGCACAUAGUUUUCAUUUAAAGUCAUGACAGAAACCAUGGAUGAUGGGGAGUUAGAGCUUUCAAAUGAUGUUCAAUUGUUAAAUCCAGAUUCAUCUAUCAACUUUCAGGGUUCAACAUCUGUUGAUUCAUUUCUUGAUGAUUUGUUGAAGAACACCCGAACAUGCACCCAUACACACACUUGCAACCCGCCAGGCCCUGAUGCUGCUCAUACACAUACAUGUUAUCACACUCACACCCAAGUUAUUGCAUCUGAAGAAGAUGAUCAUCCAAACCAUAAAGAGAAUACCAAUUCAAGACGGAGAAGACCUUCAGGAAACAGAGAAGCGGUUCGGAAGUAUAGGGAGAAAAAGAAGGCUCAUACAGCUUAUCUUGAAGAGGAAGUCAAGAAACUGCACCAAUCGAACCAGCAAUUGGUUAGAAAAUUACAGGGGCAGGCAAUUCUCGAAGCUGAGGUUUUGAGAUUGAGAAGUCUUUUGCUAGAUCUAAGAGGGAAGAUUGACAAUGAUUUGGGCGUUUUCCCCUACCAAAAGCAGUGUUACACUAAUACUAUGUUCAAGGAAGGUGAUUGUGGGUUGCAGUCUGCUGGUGGAGCAAUUGGCCUACAGUGUCAGACUAAUUUACCAUGCUCUGAUCCACAUGCCGAGUCAUCAUCGCAGGCCGGCAUUGGUGGAAGCGGGAAACGGAUGGUAUCAUGGGAAGAAAACUGUCAGACUGCAAUUAUAGAUUGUCGAGCUAGCACAAGUGAGAUGGUGUAUGCUGAAGGACCAACACUGGAGACAGUGGAAACCUUAGUGUCAUCUGCAUCACAAACCGAAUAAGUAGCAGGACAGAUAUCAUUUGAAAGGCACGUCAUGAUGCAGCCCAGAGCUUUGACAAGUCGACCUGUCAACAAGUUCAUAAUGUCAUGCAUUCUGUCCUGAUGAUAAUUGGUAUUAUGGAUCUAGUUUCCUCAGAUAUCAUCUUAUAAUCUAUCUCUAUUCACAUCCCUUCUAAUACAAACCUCAAGUAGUAUUUAUCCUUGAAAACCGACUUACAAGGGAAGGGUACCCAAAAGCUUAUAUACACAUAGUUAAGAUUGCAUUUAAA